GCAAGUGGGCCAGAGAGCGACACCUAACCUGCCUGCCAUGGCUGAGAGUCACAAGGUCGAAGCUAUCGGUGACCCCGCUGGAAGUGGGGUGACCAAGGCGAUGGCCCACAGGAAGAAGCGGCAUUCUCGCAAGAAGGGGGAAGGCGGCCCCACGGUGACUGAACGCAUUCUGUCGGUGGCAGCGGCCACCAAGCAGCGCCGCGGCAUCUCGCUAGCCGCCCUCAAGAAAGAGCUGUCAGGCAAGGGCUACGAUGUGAACCGCCACAACAACCUCGUUAACCAGACAGUGCGGCGGCUGGUGAAGAAAGGCUCGCUUGUGAAGACCAGCGGCAUCGGCGCCUCCGGAUCAUUUCGAUUCAAUCGCUCCAGCAAAGGCCAGAGCAACCAGCCGCCAUCGACUAGCGCCUCCGCGCUGAAGAAAGAGGCGGCUAAGAAGCCACCGGCAGCUAAGAUCACUCCGAUGCGUAACGAGAACUCGCUGCUGAUCAAGAGCGGCCAAACUUCGAAGGAGAAAGGGGCGGCCAAGGGGAAGAGUAGGCUGCAGGGCCGCGGCCGGCGCAUGAAGCCUAAAUCCCCCAAAGUUAAAGUAUCCUACGUACGCAAGGCGCCCCGUGGCAGGAAGAAGGCGGGCAAAGGAAAACUUGGGCGGCUGCCAGUUGGGCGCCCUCGCAAACCCUACAAAAAGAAAGCCUCUCGGCUGAAAGAGAGUGAAUCGUGCGGGGCUAUGUCUGACCUGGUACGGACCAAACGUACUCGGAAGAAGACCAAAGCUCCGCAGGCGCCGAAGAAUAAUUCCAUAUCCAAGGUGAUCAUACAUGCGGUGGCGGAUACCAAGGAGCGCCGCGGCCUCUCGCUCGCCGGUGUCAAGAGGGUGCUAUCGGGCAGCGGCUACGACGUAACGAAAAACAACUCCCGGAUAAUCCAGGCGCUGAGGACCAUGGUGAAAAAGGGUUCGUUAGUGAACGCCACUGGUAAGGGAGCCUCCGGCUCCUUCAAACUCAGCAAGGAACAGAAGGACCAGGUGGCGCGGGCAGAGAAGAAAGAGGUCGUAUCACGAACCUCCGCCGUCAAAACAUCGAGGGGAAAACGUGCGGCCAAGAGACCCGCCCCCGCUAAGAAACCCAAAAAGAUGUCUCGGGGGGUGAAGAAAUUCGGCGGCCGUAAGAAGUGGGCGAAAGACGGCAGAAAACCGAAAACUGUCCCGGGGAAAAAAGCAGUCAGGAAAGGUAAGAAGGCAAGUCGCCAACGUCCGAAACCAAGGAAACCAACCAAACGGCCGGUAAAAGCGGAGAAGCCUGAGGCACGGACGCCGUCCGCCGAGGAAGCUGGCUCAGAGCAGCACCAGAACACCUGAAUAAAGGCAUCAACAGAGACAACGGCUCUUUUCAGAGCCACGAAAUACUUCAUCAAGAGCAAAAUUAUUUGGCUUAUUAUUUGCGGAAUUGGGAUAAAUGAAGCGAUUCCGUGGAAAUAUUGUUAGCACCAAAUAGCAAACAUUAACUUUCAAUAAAA